GUGUGUGUCAGACCUUUGUACAUCCUCCAUCGUACUGCAACAACAUGUGACAUGCGUCCAUCGUUCUUCAUCCAAUUCGUGUUCGCUGCGAGUCUCGCCUUUCCCGACAAUGCAAACCGACCGAGUAUUGGAAAACAAACGAAUGACAGAGAAGAAAUCAGCAAGGAUGCGUGGGUCGAAGACGUCAACGGGGACCUCAGCAGCGUCAUUUUGCCACACUACGAUUUAUACGAAUAUGAGGAUACAGGAAAUUGGUCUGAUCCGGUGACACGGCCAUCGGGGAAUCAUACAGGUGAGUUGCGGUGGAUAAGGGAGUUGUCGAACAUGACAAAAGAAGAAGGAGAAGGAAUGAAGAUGCGGUGUGAAGUUGAAGGUGACCCAAAGCCGGUUACAGUCAGAUGGUUGAGAAAUGAAGCCCCUAUCGAAGCAGGGCUCGGAUUCGUUGAUAGGAAAAGACUUUCAAUCAGAACGUCUCAGACCGAAGGAAGAGUCAAUUCGAGGCUCAGGAUAGCCAGAUUGGAAACUCACGAUUCUGGUUUUUACACUUGUCAGGCCAAGAACGCAUUGGGACUGACGUCGAGAACAACGGGGGUGUUAAUGGUCAGAAUGGCACCUUGGGGACAUGAUGUCGGGAGGUCUAGACAGUCAACAUUUCCCCUUCAUCCUCAACAAAUUGACAGUGAAGGAAUCCGAAAAGAAAUGUCAGUCGGCCUAAGCUCGUCAGAAAUUCGUCUUCCAGAUAUUGACAAAAACCGUUGUGAGGAGUACAAAGGAAAACUUUGCGCAUCUGUCCUAGCUAACAAAACAGUGUAUAUACCAGCAAGUCAUACCCAGGAAGAGCUUGAACGGAAGCUUGAGUUAGCAUUCGGUGUUGUUAAAAAUUCAGAAGAUUUGUCAAAGACUUGUGAACCUUUUGCUGUCCCAACACUCUGUUAUGUCGCAUUCUCAAUUUGCCAAGAUAGCGUUACGCAGGUUCCGAAGCAGAUUUGCCGAAAGGAUUGCGAAUUCUUGGAGAAUGAGCUUUGUGUAAAAGAAUAUGCAAUCGCAAAGAGGCAUCCUGUCAUUGGAGAACUCCAAUUGCCUGUUUGUGUAGAACUUCCUAUGGGGAAAUCUCCAGAAGAUUGCAUUUCGCUUGGACUUCCGAAACCUGAACCUGUCGACCCUGGUGAUUAUUGCUAUUGGGGACAAGGUGAAUCUUACAGAGGUGCCAUAGGGUACGGUGAGUCGGGUAACCCUUGUAUACACUGGGCAGAAAAUUUUCAACUUUCAAUAGCCGAACACAGAGAACUACUAGGUGGCCAUAGCCACUGCCGUAACCCUGGCUCACUUCAUCCUCAGCCUUGGUGUUUUACCAGUCAUAAAAAUAAAACUAUGGUCGAAAUGUGUAAAAUUCCAAAGUGUAUAAACACUUUUAGAUUGUAUUUAACAGCGGUUGGUUUAGGUUUUCUCGUGCUUGUAGUUACACUUUUUAUAUUUUGCUGCUGUAGAUCGAGGUUGCGUAAAAGAAAUGAGCUUGGGCAGGACGGUAUCAAAAGUGGUGUCAGAUCUCCUUGUCGAAAAGCAAAAGGAAGUGGGCUUGAAAUGUCCGCCCUAAUACCCGGUUCCGGUGCUUCGAGCAUCAAAAGUGACGCAAGGGUUAGAGUCCGAGAGUUUCAUCCUGCAAAUAUUCGAUUUGUCCAAGAGCUCGGAGAAGGGGCUUUUGGUAAAGUCUACAAGGGAGAAAUUAUCGGAACGGGAGAACAACCCUUAAUGGUCGCUAUAAAAACACUUAAAGAAAACGCAUCGGCAAAAACCAUGGCUGAUUUUAAAAGAGAAGUAGAUCUGAUGUGCGAAUUACGCCAUGAAAAUAUAGUGUGUUUAAUAGGGGUCUGCCUCAGUCGGGAACCUCUUAGCAUGCUCUUUGAAUUUAUGCCAAAAGGAGAUCUCCAUGAAUUCCUCAUCGCUCAUUCCCCACAUUCUUCUGACAACCAUCUGAGCCAAGCAGAUCUUCUCACGAUGGCUAUUCAUAUAGCCGCAGGUAUGGAAUAUCUGUGUAGCCAUCAUUACGUGCAUAGGGAUCUGGCAGCCAGGAAUUGCUUAGUUGCCGAAAACCUUACUGUUAAAAUAUCAGAUUUUGGACUUUCUAGGGAUGUUUACUCUUCAGAUUAUUACAGGUAUUUGAUUAUUGCAAUAUUCAAGUCGAAACGGAUUCUAACAGAAUUUAAUAUUUUUUACAGAGUUCAAAGCAAAUCUUUACUCCCUGUACGCUGGAUGCCACCAGAGUCUAUAUUAUAUGGGAAAUUUACUACAGAAUCUGAUGUUUGGAGUUACGGGGUUGUUUUGUGGGAAAUUUACAGUUUCGGACUUCAGCCUUAUUAUGGUUACUCGAAUCAAGAGGUGAUAGAAAUGAUAAGGAGUAGGCAGUUGUUACCUUGCCCAGAAGACUGCCCGUCGAGGAUGUAUUCUGUUAUGAUGGAAUGCUGGCACGAGGUGGCAGUGCGGCGUCCGCAUUUCCCAGAAAUUUGCGCAAGACUAAGAUCAUUCCAGUCGAGUCAAGCGAUCCGUAUGCCGACCGUUUACUCUCCCAGUCCGGCACACAUAUAAUUCAGUCAUUUUUAAAUUGUGUGAUUAUCGAAUUUUAAUAGCUCCCGAGCGUACCAAAGACUAAAUGUAUUGCAUAAUUUUUAAGAGCAAUUUUAUUUAUCGUUUAUAAAAACGUUUUUAAAGACUUACGUUCUCUUUUUACUAGACUAGAGAAAAUUAAGGAAUUGAUUUUUUUUAAGCUCUUCUUAUCUGCUCAUAUCUCAGUUCUUAACAGAUUUUCUGACAGGAUGUUUAGCAUAACUAUAAAAGAACAUUGUAUAUAAAUAUAUGUAUACAUAUAUAUAUGGUAUGUAUGAAUGUUUUUCUUGUUUUUAAGUUCUACUAGACUUCUAUUAAAUAGAUGUAACGUAUUACUUUAUUUUGUUGUGAUCACUUAAAAGAUCAAACUAUCAAGUAGAAAAAAGUUGUAUAAAAAAGUAAACAUUAUAAAUUAAUAUUAUAAAAUAAGCCAUUAUGUGUAUAUGUAAACCGGUGAAUUGUAUAUAUUAUCCAAGUAGCAUUAAGUUUUUAUAUUGAAUGUUUUUAUUAGCUUUUUAUGUACUAUUAUAUAUGAACAAAAGAUCAAAAUUUUUAUUGCAAGACAAAAAAAAACCAA